UUUCAUAAUUUACUUAAAAACUAACACUCUACUAAUGAAAAAAUAUGUUAUUGUUUGAAUUAAUGAAAUAAAAUUCUUUAAUGCAACCCUGACGAUGAGAACGUCAAAACAAAAGGAAUGAAAAUAUUUCAGUAGGCCAUUUUGUUAUAAGUGAUUUGGACGUGAAAAUUCUAAUCUUCAGUGUGUUAGAUUUUAGUGUAUAUCCUAAAAAUAUUUUUAUAAUUUUUUAAGAGUUUGUUUGCUAUAUUAUAAGAUGGGUCGCAAGAAGAAGAAGGCUUCUAAACCAUGGUGCUGGUAUUGCAAUCGUGAGUUUGAUGAUGAGAAAAUUUUGGUUCAACAUCAAAAGGCUAAACACUUUAAGUGUCACAUAUGUCAUAAGAAGUUAUACACAGGGCCAGGAUUAUCAAUUCACUGCAUGCAGGUUCAUAAAGAAACUGUAGACAAGGUGCCGAACUCUUUGCCGAACCGAUCUAAUAUUGAAAUAGAGAUUUUUGGUAUGGAUGGAAUUCCAACAGAGGAUGUCCGAGAGCAUGAACGGCAAAAGAAUGGCGGUAAAUCAGAUUCUGAUGAUGACGAACCAGCUGCAAAAAAAAAAGUUGAAAUACCUUUAACGGCUCCUCCUCCCAUGAUGAUGCCACCAAGCAUGAUGCAACCGAUGAUUGGUCAAUACGCGCCAAUGGGAUUGAUGUCCAAUAUGCCGCCAAUGGCACCAAUGCCUCCAUUUUUAGGUCCUGGUGGUAUACCAAUGAUGCCACCACACAUGAUGCCACCGCGACCUCUAUUCCCUGCAACUAUGGCUGCCACAACUUCUGCGGCAGCGGUACAUGCUCCCAUAGUUCCACAAAAGCCAACGUUUCCUGCGUACAGUAAUGCCACAAUAAGCGCACCACCAACAACCAACAAUCAAAGUGCCACAGGAAGUAGUGCUGCACCACAUGAGACCUCUAAAGCACCAGCUGUACUUGCUGUUGGAAAUUCUAGUAGCAUUACAUCGAAAAUCAUGCAUCCACCGGAGGAUUUAAGUUUAGAAGAGUUACGUGCGCGCAAACCAAAAUAUCAGAAAUCCUACAACUGUGUUGGGAGCAAUAAUCAUAACCAACGGAUAACAUCAAUUGGUACACGCAAUAUCAAUACAGGUGUCAGCAGCGGAUCAUCUACAACAAUUCCAACAAAUUCAAGUACGUCGAGUGCAGCGGCUGCCCAGGCUGCAGCUAUAUCAAAGGCCCAGGAAGCUGCUGCAAUGGUAGCGGUUGCACAGGUCCAAGCAGCUCAAGUCCAAGCACAAGUGCACGCGCAGGCGCAGGCUCACGUGCAAGCAGCACAAGCGCAUGCGCAUGCCCACGCUGCAGCCCAAGUACAAGCGGCGCAAGUUCAGGCACAGGUGGCACAAGCACAAGCUCAUGCUCAAGCGCAGGUCGCUCAAGCGGUAGCCGCGCAACAGCAGCAACAACAAAAACAAUUGGAAGAUCUCAAUCGGGCUGUUAUACUGCAACGUCUACAAGCCACACGACCAGGACAUCCGCCAACAGCACUUGGUACAGCCGCUGGCGCCACUGUAGGCAUGAUUCUCCAAUAUUACACAAGUAAACACCAACAAUUAAAAGAAUAUAAAGUGCCGUAACCCAGUCACUAAUUACGCUUCUAAAUUUGAAAUGGGGACAGGGGUUACUUUAGGAAGAGUCACAUGUAGUAUACAAUUUGUUUAAAAGUCUAUUAUAAUCUUUUUGUACAUGACUCAAACUAUUUUAUUUGCAUUAAGUACUAAGUUUACUUAGAAUAUUAAUUUCAGAAUUUCAUGAUAUGAGUUGAAAUCUGGUAAUAACCCCACACACCAUAUGAUAGUUAGGGGCCAUCCUUAAAUUACGUCACACGAAUUUAAGGUCUUUUUAACCCCUCCCCCCGUCCUUGUCGCAAGUUGUCACAUUUUGAACUCCCCCCAAUAAUAUCUGUAGUAAUAAUGGAUCAAACUUAGCGUCGUUGUCUUUUGAAAUGUGAUGUCACAAAGCUUUUGACCCCCCUGCCCUUUGUCACACAAUGUCACUUCUGAAUGAUACCCUACCCCCUCCUUCAAGGUGUGACGUAAUUAAUGGAUGGCCCCUUAUGUUGAAAUCUAUUGUACAAAGUGCUACAAUAAAAAAAAAAUUAAAAAAUUUGAUCAAUCAGGAUUUGGUUAUAUGUAGAUAAGCCCAGUACUUUCCAUUUAAACCCUUUGGAAUUAUAUCAGAUUCUAGCUGUUUUCGAGUCAAUACGUGCAAGGGGGUUGCGAACCGAACAAACUGUAUCGGUUUUUGAACAUCUGGUCUCGAAAUGCUUAUAUUCUCAAUAAAAAUUUAUAUUUAUUUUGAGUAUGUAUUAAGUAAUCAAUAAAAAAAAUGUGUGUACUUACCGAAAAUAGGUCUGGAAUCUCCCUUAGUCCCUCUUAACACCGAAUGGCGAUUUUGGCCUCCCGAUUGACUUAAUACGAUAUUUAAAUAUCAAUAUGCGAAACAUCUUAAUGAGAUGGAAUGAACAUGUUUUCUGGGCUUACAUAUUUCCUUGCAGUAAUUUGGAGUGUUUCUCUUAUUAGUACCAAAAAUCAGCGAUACCAAUUCCUACUUUUCCCCAAGCACUACAUUAGCUUAGUCGUACAUUGCAAUCCAACUUAAGCACAUUAUGUAUUUAAAUAAACAUAUGUAUUUGCUAAUUUUUAUAAAUAUGAUUGCAAUUACUGUAAAUUAUUUUAAUCUGUAGUUUUCAUAAAUUUUUAGAGAAGGCUUAUUGUCAGUCCCAUAUAAUUUUGCCAUGUAUGUCCGUCGAAAUAAAUGAGCAAAGAUCCCGAUAAAACUUCGUACAUAACUUCUACGUGCAAUUAUGGUCUAUAGAACGGCCCAAAUACAAAAAACUUUAAUAUGUUGAAUAGUUCAUAGAGUAGAGAGAGAUGGAGAAUAUGGCUAAAGGAAACCAUUAUACUGAGAAAAUAAUCCAGUAAAAAAAUUAGCACAUGUCCUUCAUAGUCUUUGCUAUUACUGUAAAUUUAAAAUUUUCUCAAUUUGACUUGUGCCAACGGGAAUCGAUAAAUAUAUUAUUAUGGAAUGUCAUGUUUCUGAAAUCAGGCAAAAUUAAUAACCACAAAUAACGAGUUCUAACUAAGAAAAGAGUGUAGCAAGAGUAAGUAUUUUUAUAUUACCUGAUUAUUUUAACAAAACUCUAAUUUUUCGUCGUUUUUAGGUCGAUUAGAUAAACAUUUAUAUUAUUGUUUAUGUAGGCCUGCAAAAAUAUAAGAAACGUUGUUAAAUAGUUACUAUAAGAGAAAAAUCUUUUCAAAAUCUUUCCACUGAAGAUCAUGCUGAUACUUGUUUUAUAACAUAUCAGAUGUUUUCUUUAAAUGGCUUCUAAAAAGCUUUUAGAAUUUUAAAAAGAGUUGCUGAUUCGAUGUAUUUAUCGCCCAAUUACUUUGGUAUUAAUUAUACAUAAGUGAAUGCCUAUUAUUCUAUUACUGAAAAUCCUAUGGGCUAUUACCUUUUAUUUGAAGUAUUUAAAAACAUAAAAGUACACAUAUUUUCAUUUAGCAGACUUUUAAGAUUAAUCUAGGUUUUUGGCAACAGCCUAAAGCGAUGUGUCAGAACACAAGCAGUUUGAGUGUACAAGUAAACCAACAGUCAAAGAAAUGUUUGAUAUUGAAAUAAGAUAAGUAACAAUAAAUUCAUUAAAAGCAAAGAAAAGAUAAUAUCAUGUAAGUACAAUUUUCACAAUAUUAGUAUACAUAAAUAAAUUGUCGUAAUAAAUAGUUGCUGAGUUGGUUGGUUGAUUAAUUGAUAUGUCUUAAAAAUA